AUGGAUGACGAUGAUUAUAAUGUGAUAUCAAAUGGUGCGAAUUUCGAACAAGACGAUGAUAUUUUACAUUAUCCGGAAGAAAAUGAAGAAAAUAAUGAAAUUCGGCUAAAUCAAGUGGUUCAAGCUUUGGAUGAAAGUUCGAUGGGUUUUAAUAGGAAAAAGAGAACAUUUGAGGAAAUUGAAGAAGUUUGGGAUGAAUAUGGUAAUCGAUCACAUCCUGUUGGUAAGAACAUUCGAAUUGGAGUCAGAAAUAUUGGGUUUUUGAGAAAAACAUGAAAAAGUUGAAUGGUUUUCUCAGGUUCCAUCAAAAAUUUCAAAUUUAUGAAAAACUUUAUGAUAUUUUUAAAACAGUUUUUUUUCAGGAUUCCUUCAUUCCAAAAUUGUUUUGAGAAUUCUCAAAAUGUAGAAAAAGUCAAAACUUUUCUGCUCCAAAUAAAUUAAAAAUGAUAUUCUGAACAUUUCGCUGAAUUAUUUAUUUAGUAAUAAUUUUAAAAAACAUGAUUGGCUUCAAUUCAAAAUUUUUAGAAUUUGAAAAAAUUUUGAAACGUUUAUUUUUUGGAUUUUUUUUUUUUUGAGAAAUUUUAGUUUGACUAGAGAAACAAAUCUGCAUCUAUUUUACUAUAUUUUCGAAAAAAAUGUUGAAAAUGGUAUUAUUCAUAAUUAAAAUAAAAAAAAUUUCCAAUUGAGCCUCUGAGCCAAGUUCUGCCUCUAAAAAAUGCAAAAAUAGGUUCAACAAUAUUUUGAAUUUUGCAGACUGGCAUAUGCGAAUGCCAAUUUUCGGAGAUGAAGUCGAAGACAAUAAACAAAAAACAGCGGCAAAACGACGUGCAUUAGAAGAACUCGAAAAUCAAAUCAACCAAGCAGCCAAUAAUCAAGAAAUGACUGCUGAACCAGAAAAUCUUGAAAAUCUACUCGAAAAAGAGGGAAAUACAGUCAGCGAAUUGUGUGAUAUUGAAUUGGCUCAAAGAUUUCGACGAAAACGAGAAAUAAUGAGACAACCACCAACUGAUGGAUCAAAUUGGAUUGGAAUCACUGAUUCUGGUUUAGGAGAACGAUUUUAUAUUCGAAGAUUUCGAAAUAUUUUGAACGAACAAAAUCAACAACAAAAUAAUGAAUCAUUUAUUGAAAGUGUGACGAAAAAGAUAACAAAAAGUCAUUUGGGAUAUCGAACAUUUCAAAAUAUACAAAAAGAAGCUGAAGAAUUGAGAUUGAAGAAAUUAGAAGUGUUGAAAAAUGAAAGAGAAAAAGAGUUAGAUGAUGAAAUAUUUCAAAGUUCAAGUAUGGAAAUUGAAGAGGAAAAUCAGACAGAAAGUGCACUUUGGGUUGAUAAAUAUGAAGCCAAAAAUUUUGCCGAAUUAUUAUCGGAUGAUGUAAGUUGGGAGAAGUAAAUGGGGUUCAGGAAUGAAAUUUUAGUGAUCAGCAUAAUUGAAAAUUACUAGAAAACAUUCAUGUCAUUUAUAUUUAUAAAAUUCUUAUUUUCCUGCAGACUGUCAAUCGAAAUAUUCUAACCUGGUUGAAAAUGUGGGAUGAAUGUGUUUUCAAACGAAAAGUCGAUAAUUUGUUGGCCAGUUUAAACGACAAAGAAAAGGAAAUUCUUACAAUGGAUUCGGGAAAAAUUCGGCGGCCCAAUUUCAAAAUGAUUCUGAUUUCGGGACCGGCUGGAUUGGGAAAAACGACACUUGCUAAAAUUGUGGCAAGACAAGCAGGAUAUUCGACAAUUGAUGUGAAUGCAAGUGAUGCGAGAACUGUUGCAGAUUUGAAUCGAGUUUUGGAAGGAGCUGUGAAAACGGCUAGGACUUUGGAUAAGGUAGAGAUUUGGUGGGAGGGUAAUUCGAAUUUUUAAUGGAAAAAUUGCUCUGAAAAAAUCGGCCCGAGUUUUUUUUAAAGAGAGAAGAGAUCACCAAUCAAAGAAAGUCAGAAAAUGAUUUUCCCAAAUUUUUGAAACAUAUUUUUUUCAAGAAAACUAGUUAGUUUUCAGAUUAAUGUAAUUCAUGAAAAACUUUUUUUUUUGAAAAAUUUUGGCUUAAAGAAAACAACAACUUUUGAAUUGAAAAAAAGACCUUAAUUACUUGCAGUUUUGAUAUGAAAAAUCUAGUCUAUACAAUACUAGCCGAAGUAUGAUAGUAAUAUUUUUCUAGGAUCAACGACCCGCUUGCCUAAUUUUGGAUGAAAUCGAUGGUUCGCCAAUCGACACAAUUCGACAUUUAAUUCGAUGUUUACAAGCACCGGGCAAAAAAGCCGUGAGAAGGCCAAUUAUUGGAAUUUGCAACAAUUUGUAA